AUGUGGUUCUCCACACUCCGGACCCAGCAAUCCAGCCGUAGGGCACUGCUUAGUGGUGCCCUGGCAUUGGCAUCUCUGCAGGGAGUAUAUUCUCGAAGUCAACCUCAGGAUAUUGAAGAACCCGGAACUGUAAAGCAAUGGGAGGGGGUCAAUCUGAGUUUAAAGACUCCAUGGAAUGGUGGUCCGUAUAUCCUAGAGAUAUUGGAAUGUGCUGGAUUAGAAGAGCCAGCGUUCUAUUUUACGCUCCUCGACCUCAUAAAGUCCGGAACGAUCAAGCUUGUCGAUUCGGACAAGGAGAUGUACGAGAGUGUGGUCAACUACGUUGAAACUCACCAACUACUAGACCAUCGUUUUAUCCCUACCUGGAAAUUUUGCAUCUCUCUUCGAGAAACAUCUCCUAGGAUUGAAGCGCAAUACCAAUUCUACUCGAAUAAGGUCACAUUCCCAAAAGGGAAGAGCUGCCCGGUAUGGUUCGACGACGGGGAGACCCAGAGCUGCAACUCCGGAGAUAUCUCCAAAGUUAAGCCUGAGUCCAGCUCUGCUUCCAAGUUGAUUCCCUUCGACAGACAGAACAAGGAAGACACUAGGAAGGGAUUGGUUACCUUCUACAUUGAUAUCAUCGAUAAAGGAUUCCCAACGGCAUUUUCAGAAAUGUCCGAAGCUGCCGAUAAAGCCGGAAUUGCCUACAAAAUCCGAUAUAAACCAUCCCCGUCCUUGAAAAAUCCCAAACCGGUUGGGCUCAGCGGAUAUGGUGUUGGCCUCUCUUUAAAGAAAACGGAUUAUCUGGUUAUUGAUGACAGAGAUGCACAGGAGGGUAGCGCGCCUGCUUCCGAUGCCUCCUCCACUGCAUCAUCAGCAAAGCCUUCCCCGACAUAUAAGUUCAGGACACCCGAAAACCUAAAACCAGGUGAGAAGCGGUUCCCUCUCUGGGAUUUGGUAGAUGUGGACGACCCGGUCAGAGAUCUCAGGGAUCUCCUACCUCUUUCGCAGACAAAUAUUGGAGAUAUUGGCUUCAAAACAGCGAACUUCAUUACCAAGAGCGGCAUCUUUCCUCCAGACAUGCUUAUGAAAAUCUUAUCCGACUACCCAAAGUAUGCACAUACUAUCGGUACGAUGGGAGGUGUUUUGAACGAGUGGGUCCAGGAGCACAGCGACAAUCGAGAGAAGUUCGUGCCUGCCGGCUACAAUCUUAUGUUCCUGAAUGGGUUGGCCUUGGAUCCCUCCGAAGUCAAUGCCGCAAGCCUUAUCAAGCUGAUGCGACGGGAACGCCAUCAUGGAAUCCAAAUUCGUGAACUUGGGCUGAACCAAGAAGAAACUCAUGACCUCAUCGGUCACGCAAACAUUACGGAUGCAAAGCUGUCACCCGAACAACCCCGAUUCGACUACCGCGAGCAAGCAGGUGAAGAGAAUGCCAUUAUCUGGCUCAAUGAUCUCGCCGUAGACGAGAGAUACAAAGAUUGGGCCCCUAGUAUUCAAGAGAUCAUGGUUCAUCAAUACAAUGGUGAGCUCGCAGGUAUCAGGAAGAAUAUCCACACCCUUGUCAUGGCUCUUGACUUCUCCAACCGUGAAGAUUUAAAAGUGAUCACCGAGAGACUUAACAUUAUGGUUACACGAGAGUUCGCUCUCACCAUUGGUAUUGUCCCAAUUGUACGAAACAAUCUUGGUUCAGCGAACUCCAGGAUUUUCCGUGCUCUUCUCCAGUCCUACGACCUGGAAACUGCUGUAAGCUACAUUAGAGACGGCCUCGAAGCAGACAAAAACGGAGUCAGAUACCCAGCCCCGGAGUAUGUCCAUCACGCUAUCAAAGGUCGAACUCGUCUCGAAGGUGCACCAGAAGUUUCCCUCUCAGCAGUCAUGGAAUCGAAGCAAUUCCAAGAGUAUGCACGUGCAGCAGGAAACUGGGAAGCUCGAUUCGGUAUUGUUGAUCGACCAUACCCCUUCCUCGUCAACGGCCUACUCGAUUACUACAACAAUGAGUGGAUCCGGACUUUAACCCAGAUCUUCCCAAAGGAUGUACAACGUAUGCAGGAAGCCAUUGAAGACGGUAAACUCACCGACGAUGACGAUAUCCGAGAGUUUCUGCUUAACAACCCCCUACCCAAGAAAAGUGCUGCCAUCUUCCCUCUAAGUGGAAAGUUGGACCUCUUCAAUUUGGCUGAUCUUUUCAAAUCCAACCCGGAAAUCUUCGAAAAACUCCCACAUUUUCCAGGAAAGCUUGUCGAGGAAACAGAAACCUCGUCGGCCGACGUUUGGGUCAUCGGAGAUUUUGACACAGAAGAUGGACAUAACCUUCUCGCCGAAGCAGCAAAACUCCAGGCUUCAAGACCCGGAAUCUCUAUUACAGCUAUCUCCAACCCAGGUGGUAAGACGAAGGUGCAAACCACUUCUGCCUUGCUCCACUCCCUCGUUGGAAACACCGAAAUCCUCAAAAUUACCGGUUUCCUGCAGAAGAUCAUUGAAGAAAUCAAACCGGAGAAGGACUUUAUGGAUCUCAAGGUCGAAGGCCAGAGUGUUUUCGGUGGAGAUGCAAAGACUGAGGGAUGGGCUAUUCCCAACAAAGUUGCUGCCGAGAAAUUCUGGAGUGAAGCUGCUGCUGUUGUCGAAAGAAUUUUUGGUGUCAAGCCCGGCCAGAAGGCUGUUCUUGUGAACGGCAGACUCGUAGGCCCGUUCAAUGAAGAGGUUAAAUGGACCAAAGAUGAUAUCGAAACUCUCGUCCGAGUUGAAUUGCAAACUAGGAUCAACCCGAUUCUCAACGCCGCAAAGUCUAUAGGCGUUCUUGAAAGACUCAGGGCCGCAAACUACAAGGGACGACUGACCUCUACACUUACUGAACUGCUUGAGGGUGAAAAGACCAAUCUUGCUAUUAGCGGAAUGUCGGUCAGGACCAAUAGAGCCAUGGGAUGGAAGAGAAGCAAGACUGUGCUCACGGCUGGCGAUCCGAUCUGGUCGACCUUCCGCUUCAUCGUUUCCCUCGACCCUGUCAGCGAAGUUGGCCAAAAGUGGGCACCAAUUCUUCGGGUCCUCAUGUCGAUGGAUGGAGUUGGUGUCUAUACAUUCCUAAACCCCAACGAUAACCUUCGCGAAGUCCCUAUCAAGAGGUACUACCGCCACGUCCUAUCCUCCCAGCCCAAGUUCGACGAGAAUGGAGACAUCCUAGAUCCAAAGGCCCAGUUCGUCGGUCUUCCAGAUCAGACUCUCUACUCUCUUAGCAUGGAUGUUCCACCAUCGUGGCUUGUUACACCUUCCGAGACCAUCCAUGACCUCGACAACAUCAAACUCCAGACAUUUAAGGAGCGUUUUGGAACUUCUGACCUCAACGCUACCUACGUUUUGAAGAGCAUCCUUAUCGAGGGUCACUCUCGUGAUACAACCCACAACCAACCUUCUUCUGGUGCUCAACUUGAACUUGGAACCUCAGAAAACCCUCUCAUGCAAGACACUAUUAUCAUGUCCAACGUUGGGUACUUCCAAUUUAAAUCUAACCCAGGACACUGGCAAAUUCGUCUUAAGCCCGGUCGUUCGUCCGAUAUCUACACCAUCCAAAGCCUUGGGGGCGACGGGUUCAACCCAUCGAGCAAUGCAGAAGAUGAUGUUAAGGAUAUCACUCUGAUGAGUCUCAAUGGUGUUACUUUGUUCCCAAGACUCAAGCGUAAUAAGGGCUACGAGAAAGUCGACGUCCACUCGUCAUUGGGUUCGACCGACGGUACCGUUGAGAAGGCCGCAAGCUUUGCAGAGGGACUGCUCUCUAAGCUAGGACUCGGUAAGAAAAAGGAAACCGCUGUCGCCAAGGCUCCUGCAGAGAUCAACAUCUUCUCAGUUGCUAGCGGCCACUUGUAUGAGCGAUUCUUGAAUAUCAUGAUGAUUAGCGUUAUGAGGCAUACAAAACAUACCGUUAAGUUUUGGUUCAUUGAAAACUUCUUGUCUCCGGCGUUUAAGGACUUCCUACCUGUUCUGGCGAAGGAAUACGGCUUUGACUAUGAACUUGUAACCUACAAGUGGCCUCACUGGCUCCGUGGCCAAAAGGAAAAACAGCGAGAAAUCUGGGGCUAUAAGAUUCUUUUCUUGGACGUCCUUUUCCCUCUCAAUGUCGACAAGAUUAUCUUCGUCGAUGCAGAUCAGAUUGUCCGAACCGAUUUGAAGGAGCUAGUUGACCUUGACCUUAAUGGAGCCGUCUAUGGGUUCGCGCCAAUGUGCGAUUCCAGGACUGAGAUGGAAGGAUAUAGAUUCUGGAAAACGGGAUACUGGAAGCAGAUGUUGGGAGAAUUGAAGUACCACAUCAGUGCCCUCUUCGUCGUCGACCUCAAGGUCUUCCGUCAACUCGCCGCCGGCGACCGUCUCCGUCAGCAAUACCACCAACUCUCAGCCGACCCCAACAGUCUCUCCAACCUCGACCAAGAUCUACCAAACAACAUGCAACGUCAACUCCCAAUCUUCUCACUCCCUCAAGACUGGCUAUGGUGUGAAACUUGGUGCAGCGAUGAGAGCUUCAAGACCGCCAAAACCAUCGAUCUAUGCAAUAACCCUAUGACCAAGGAACCCAAGCUCGAUAGAGCCAGAAGGCAAAUCCCAGAGUGGACUGAGUACGAUGAUGAAGUUGCAGCAUUGGCGAAGAAGGUGAAGGCCAAGGGUGUUGAAAAUAUGAGAGAGGCACUGGUGCAGAAGGAGGCUUUGGGAGAACAGGAGAAAGGAGUUAAGGAGGAGAAGACUGAAGAGAAGAAAGAUGAGAAGGCAGCCGAUGCCGAGAAGCCAAAGGAUGAGUUGUAA